UUUCUUCAUAAUUGUUUUUCUUUUCUUUCUGGUUUCCUAGUUUGCUCUCAUUCUUCAACAAAGAGAAGAAACUUCUUAAGUUUUGUUUAGAAAUGCUGAGGGGCUUUUUUAAUACAUUUUCUUGGAAGGGCUUACUUCGAAGAACCUGCUUAGAAAAACAUUUAGUAAUUCUGAGGCCAAUAAGCAUGCUUAUAUUGUUAAAGAUAUCACACAUAACACAUCACAUCUAUCAGGAUGGACCAUAACCAAAACCGGAACCAUCCAUUCCCAAAUACUCGCUUGUCACUAGGACAUAAUCCCUUAACCCUUCCCACAAAUAAUUCAGCAGUUAAUGUGUCGAACUCUACAGCUUAUCCGAACAUACCAAUGAGAUUGGUUGAUCACCCAUUGCCUAAUUUCCAUCCUCAAUACCCAAACAACUGGACUGCUAGUCCUGGAUUAUUGCACAAUACCUACACUCACUGUUCUACUUCUGUGAACCCUCAUAACUUUUCAUCACAUCAUAUGGAACCUGCACCUGCUUUUUUUCCACAAACAACUGGCGAUGACCUUGAUACCAUCGAGAUGGACAACAGAAGGGUGGUGUUGAAAAGAAAAAAUCCAGCUAUGCCUAUUUGUUCGGGGAGUUCUUCUAACCUUCCUUUUCCUGCACAUUACAUGCAAUCCAAGCCUAUUUCAGUUUCAGGUCCUGAAUGCUGGCCUUCAGAUCCGACAAGAAUGGUUUUCAGCAAUUGGAAUGACAAUAUCUUAACUGCUGGGGAAGGAUCACAGAGGAAUGUGAGAAGCCGUCAGAACCAUGCUUUUCCUUUUGAAUUUGAUCCCGCUGUAUCCUAUUCAAGCAAUAUGCCUCAGCCUUUCUAUUCAAAUGCAAACAUGUCCGGAUUACACAUGCCAGAACAAUGGAACCAUUGCCCUGUAUCUAUGCCUCCUGAAGGCAGUAACUAUUCUGGAAAUCUUUCAAUAAAUGGUCCAACAAUGAUCAGCAGCGCAUAUCAUCCAGUUCAGAAUCAAAAUAUGAAUGUUCCGAUGAUGACUUUUAACGGUCCUUUUAACCAACCUCAAGGCAUUGAGGCUAUCCAUAAUAACUACGCUCUGAGAACAGGUCCUCAAGGAACAGUUUCGAGCUAUUCAUCUAUGGGUUCUUCACUAAAUUCUUUGAGGGGUAGUAUGCAGUUCCAAACAGAAGUUGCUGCUACUUCAAGGCAACCAGUUGUUGUUGGGCAUAGUAGUAGCAGGAGAAAUGGAAGGCAGCGCUUUAUGACGAUCGAUCAAUCGGUUCUUUAUGACUCUAGAGAGAUGUCUGAUCAGCAUAGGGACAUGAGGCUGGAUAUCGACAAUAUGAGUUAUGAGGAACUACUUGCUUUGGGAGAAAGGAUUGGGUACGUCAGCACGGGUUUGCCGGAUGAAUUAAUAUCAAGGUGUUUGACACAAACUGUUUACUGUGCUCCUAAUGAGAACCAGGAUGAUCAAGAGGAGGGAAAUUGUAUCAUAUGCCUGGAGGAAUAUGGGAAUGGAGAUCAUGUGGGGAGAUUAAACUGUGGGCAUGAUUUCCAUGCUACUUGCAUCAGGAAAUGGUUGCGGGUGAAGAAUCUAUGCCCAAUCUGCAAAGCGACCACUUCCAAAGAAACUGCCAAGGAGUAGAUAAUUUCUUUGUGACAAGCAUGGCGAAGCCAAUCAUCUGUGUCCAUUCUUUUUUCAUAUGUUCUUGUAAAUAAGCUAUCAUUAGCUGUUUUACCUGCAAAUUCUUAAUAACCAUUUCUUCAAGUGUAAAUUUUAUAGUUAACUGUUCGAGAUGACAAUUGUACCAAGUAGAAUCGUCUUUGCAUCUCAAACACACGACGGCGGAUUACCAGGUCUUUUUUCAAAAAA